AUGAUUGGCAUUGGAAUGGAGGGCUCUGCCAAUAAAAUUGGCGUGGGCAUUAUGUUGCAUCCCGAAGAUGGCAGCCCGCCGCAGGUCCUCGCCAACAUUCGGCACACCUACGUCUCCCCACCAGGCGAGGGUUUUUUGCCCAAAGAUACGGCGCGCCAUCACCGAGCCUGGGUGGUGAAGCUAGUCAAGAAAGCGCUUAAGGAGGCGCAUAUCUCGGUGCAGGAUGUGGACUGUAUUUGCUUUACCAAAGGUCCUGGAAUGGGUGCCCCGCUUCAGAGUGUGGCAGUGGCGGCGCGAAUGCUGAGCUUACUCUGGGGCAAGCCAUUGGUGGGAGUUAAUCACUGUGUUGGCCACAUCGAAAUGGGCCGUCUCAUCACCGGCGCUACCAAUCCCGUUGUUCUCUACGUCUCGGGCGGCAACACACAGGUCAUCGCAUACAGCUCGCAACGAUAUCGCAUCUUCGGAGAAACCCUUGACAUUGCCGUCGGAAACUGUUUGGAUCGCUUUGCACGUACACUACACAUAUCCAAUGAUCCGGCGCCGGGAUAUAAUAUUGAGCAGCUGGCCAAGCAAGGCAAACAGCUAGUCGAUUUACCAUAUGUGGUGAAAGGCAUGGACUGCUCGUUUUCAGGAAUUCUGGCUUCAAUUGAUGCAUUGGCUGCGCAGUGGGGGCUUGACGGCGAAGAGCGUGCCAAAGAAGACGCCGAGAAACAGACUUCAAAUAUCAGUAACGGCCCAACAAGCGAGGGAGGUGACGACAAACCCACCCGUGCAGACUUGUGUUUCUCGCUCCAAGAAACAGUAUACGCGAUGCUAGUUGAAAUUACUGAGCGAGCUAUGGCGCAUGUUGGAUCCAAGCAGGUGCUUAUUGUUGGUGGCGUAGGCUCGAACGAACGGCUGCAAGAAAUGAUGGGUAUCAUGGCAAGGGACCGAGGUGGCAGUGUAUAUGCCACAGAUGAGCGUUUCUGUAUCGAUAACGGUAUUAUGAUUGCCCAGGCCGGCAUGCUCGCGUACCAGACAGGCUUCCAGACCCCGUUGAAAGAGUCUACAUGUACACAACGGUUCCGGACAGAUGAAGUAUUUGUGAAGUGGCGAGAGGAUUAA